GCAAUAACGACCACGACCGCGAGUUGACCGGAAGCAACAACAACAAAAAAAUGUCUCUAUUAUCCUUUUCGCAGCGAGCUCCGAAGUUUCGCGAGCCACCAGCAAAGCAAAGCAAUCAGCCGAAGGUGUAGGCGAGGAUAGAUAGUGUCAGAUAUCGUGCGCGUUUUGCCCGCCCAAAACGCGUUCCACCCUGCGGAAGUACGACGAGCGGCUGCAUGUGACCCACGUGGCGUAGCCAAGUUGUAGUGUUUUUUCCGUUCCUUCCUUCCAGUAUCGGUUCGUUGCUGCUGUGUUGUAGAGUUGUCUUGUUUCGGUUUCCACGUUUGUUCCGCUUCCGUUCCGGGUGUGCCGGUAGAGCCGAAAUUAUGUGCAACCCGGUGCAGCUGGUAGUGGCAAUAGUGAUAGUGUGAAGGAAAAUGAAGAGCUUAGCGCCCGUAGUAGUGGUGUUGGUGGUGACGCUGCUCGUCGGUUGUGGUCCCGUGCUUAGUGUGCGGGACCCAAGGACUGACCGGGCUAGUCCGCAGGGUGUCUAUCCUGGAAUGCAGCUGCUCAGCGAGUCGGUGCACGACGAGCAGGCGGGUGACGAUGGUCGCAACCCGGUGCUGGUGUUGACGAAGGACAGUGCACCUCAGGUGGCGUCGCCGGGUGGGCGUUCUGAGACGCACAAAGCGCUCAGCUUGGAGAGUCUGCUGGUUCCGAGGGAGACUGGUUUGGUCUAUCCGCGACGCGAGUCCACGAGCAGCGCCGAGGAUGAGGACGACGUCGAGGACGAGCGGGAGGAGAUCGAGGAAGAGGACGAGGCUGAGGAGGAACGCAAUGGGGAGGAGCUGGAGGAACUGGAGGAGCAGGAGGAGGACGAACGCGUGGAGGAGGAAUCCGAGCGAGGAAGAGAACAUCGGAUAGAGGAGGAGCAUCGCUUUCCGGCCUACUAUACGCAGCCGGGCCAUAGCUCCGGUGUGAAAGCGCCAUCUGAUGAGGAAUUCCCGCGACGUACAAAUCCCUGUGCUUCUGCCAUCGUCGAGCAUUUGAAGUCAUCCGAGCAUACCGUACCCGAACGGCGCAGUCCAGAGGCAAAGGAUACCAACUUCUACAUCGACAUUAGUCAUGAUUUUUUGGAAACGCGCACUGGAAUUGUGCCGGGAGUCGUUUACCAAGUGGAGGUGAGACGUGCGCUGGGUACGAACAUUCGGGAUUUCUACAUUGAAUCGCUCGCCGGUGACCCGUAUAGCUACGAGCAGUCGUCUCAGGAGCCGCGUCCAAUCGGCCAGUUUAAAGUAAAAAACUCCAACGGGAGUGCUCGUAACGGAAACGGUCACAAGCAGGCUCCAGGUGAUGCUGACAGUAUACCGCGUAGUACCUGGAUCGACGACAUGGAGGUAGACUGGUUGCAUCAUGCGUACGCAUCACGGAAACAGGCCGGUCAUGAGCACGAUCAGCAUUCAAUACUGUCCGAUACCGGACAACGCGUCAUAUUCGGGGAGCCCUUUCCGGCCUACUUCGAUGAGGACGAUAAGCGUGAUCUGGACGAUACCGAUAACUCCGUUGAGUUGGAGCACGAAGGAGUGAGACGCAGAGAACCACUAAGUGCAGCGAGAUCCUUGGCCUGCCCGCGAAACGUGUGGAAUCAGGAUGCGAUGUUCGAGGAGCAGAUGGCAAUCAAUUGGUCUGUUCCGAGAACAAAAACGUUGCCCCGAGAUGUUCCGACGUAUCGAACGGACUUCGGCAAGUCCAACAGUACCAACGGAGAUGUAGAGAAGCAGAGUAAAACCAUUUACUUUAGAGUACUAUACCGUACAAUGAGUAGCUAUGUGAUCUACGAACUGAUCUACACGAUGGUGCUUUUACAAGAAUGUAGCUUAUAUCUCAAACAAUCGCAAGGCUCUAUCGUCUCGAGUAGACUUCCGAGUGGCUACAAGGAUUGCAAUUUAACAUUUCCCUCUCGAUCGAUGACGGUACAGGAGCAACUUCCGGGGCUUUUACUGCAACUGACACGGCUGAACACGCCCUGCCGUGGAGGUGGGUACCUUCGCUUUUGGUCGGAUCAGAACCAACAAGAACCCAUUAUGACGGGCAGCGGAGGCUACCACGGUGGCUACCAUGGCCAUGAAGCAUCACGAGCUCGAGGUGAUCAUCAAACCAUAUCACUGUGCGGCAAGCUAGAAGAGCUGCCGUCGUCAGAGCGUUCGUUUCACUUUCAAUCGCACCGAAACACCACACUGCAGCUGCACAACGCACCACUGUUUAGCCUGCGGUAUCGACUGGUAGAUUACUGCUACAACAUGACUCUCCGGGAGCAGAAUGGAACAGUUGUACUGAGGCCCGGCGAUGCGGCCCUAGACUGCUACUUCCGCAUUCACCUUCCGUACGGCUACCGGAUAGCGCUGCAGUUGCUGACGAACGAAUGGCAGCUGGAUCUGCCGGUGACAGCUUUCAACGCCAACGCCACCGUGAGCCACAAGUCGAUAGAACUCGGUGCGCUUGAUGUUGCUACCACGAACCAGCAAUUUCUAGCCCCAAUAAGGUGCUCCUCGACGAACGGCAUGCUGAUAGAGUUGUACGAGGACAGUCACCAUCGGUGGACGUCCUGCAUCAACAGCAGUUCUGAGGCUACGCGCUACUCGCUGACGUCCAGCGGGAACAACAUCGUCCUCAAGGUUAGCAAGCUCCGUCAGCUGAUCACCGAUGACAGCAACGAGCCAAGCAAUCCAUCAUUAACGUCCUCAUCCUCAUCGCCCGCAUCGUCGUCCGAGUUCCACGGGCAGCGAACCAACGGUUCCACGUUGGCCUCGCUGCUGUUCGAGUACAGGGCGGACCCGAUCGAGCCCAUCACUUCACGUUGUGCCUUCGGUUGGAUAGCAACCGCUCAGUUCUGUAUUUCGUCCAUCGAGCGACGACUACCCUGGCACGAGGCCGAAGCGGAAUGUAAUCGACUCGGUGGACAUCUCUUGUCGAUACGCUCGAGCGAGGACCAGCAGCUCACAGAUCAGCUGCUAUUUAACAGUCCGGGUUACAAAGAUGACAGUGCGUACUGGAUCGGUGCAUCAGACCUGAUCGUCGAAGGUGACUUCCGAUGGAAUGACAAAUUUUCCUUCACGUACUCAAACUGGUUCCCGGGCUGGGUGCACCAGGAGAAUUACAACCGCCAGCCAAACGACGACGGUUUGAGUGGGCAGGAUUGUGUGGAAAUUCGCCGCCAUUUCCAGAUCGCUUCCAGCAGUGGGCAAACAACUCCCAGCAUUAGCCCACUCACCAAGUCGUACAUGUGGAAUGACCGAAACUGUGAUGCCCACAAUUACUUCCUCUGUGAGCGAAUGAUGGACGAAGAAAUGCCUGAGCGACUGUGGAACGAAUCGGAAUGCAAUGUCACCGUCACACUGAGUGUGGAACGAUCGAAGGCCACAAUCUGGAGCUCAGGCUUUCCACAGCAAUAUCCCGACAGUGUUGACUGUUACACGCUGAUUCUCGCUCCACCAGGCUACCGCGUGGUGUUGGACUUUGAGGAGAUGGUGCUGGAGAACGAGCCGCUCUGUUCAUAUGACUAUCUACAACUCGUUGAACCGGACACGACCAGCCCGUACGUGCCGUCAAAAUCAGCGAAGGACUUCUCCAACACGGUGCUGUUUCGCUUUCGCAAUUCACGUCAUAGCGGCCGGUACAGCACCCAGCACAGACGGAAAAGCGUGCAGAAUCCCUCCAUGGAAAACAGUGGAGGUGCGACAGAUAGCUUUGCAGAGGGUGAUGCCAGUGGCGUGUAUCACGAGCGUGACAUCAGCUUCAACGUACCGAGCAUCGUGCUGCAGCCGACUGACUCGCGCUACACCAGCAGUCUACCACUGCCCGAGCUGAGUUUGGGCAAUGUUCCGCGUAAGAUCUGCGGCGAUUGGAGUUCGAAACUGAAGCUGCUCCGUUAUGUGACGACGGGUCCCACGCUGGGCAUGCGGUUCGUGUCCGAUUACUCGAACAACUACGGUGGAUAUAAAGCGAAGAUUUCGAUGGAAAAUGUCACAUCAGAGUGUCAUGAUGAGCGUUUCAAGGCGUACAACAACUCCUGCUACUUGAUUAUCUCGUACCCCGAUGUGGACUGGACGACUGCUCAGCAGAUCUGCCGCGGUAUCGGAGCCCAACUUGCUUCUAUAUCGACAACCGACGAGCAGAGGUUUAUUACGUCCAACAUUCGCAACAGUAUUGAUUACACCCCGCGGUCGCUCUACUGGGUUGGAGGCGAGAUUACAACAAACGGCAACUUGGAAUGGGUGGAUGGAGUGAAGUUGCUAUUCGAAGGUUGGUUACCUGGGCAGAGGCCGGAGAAGUCAGAUGUGCUCAAAGUGCCCUGCUGCCUGGGUCUGCAGUGGAAAGUGUCCCCGACGCCCAUGAUAUCGUCUGGUCUGCACUGGACGGCUCAGAAGUGUUCUAUGAACGGUGGGUACGUUUGCAAGAAGCCUCGACCUCGCCUCGACGAAACAACGGUAAAGAACCAGACGUUUUCUGGCACCGAAGGCAUAAUACAGUCACCGGGAUAUCCCAAUCCUUACCCAGUUGAAACGGACUUCUGGAUACGGAUAGUAGCGUCCGAGCAUCGGCGAAUCAUCAUUCAAUUUCAAAAGCUUGAUCUAGAACACCAGGAUGAGUGCUUGUACGAUUACAUUAGCAUUCAAAAUUAUCCGAUCUUACCCAACUCCCGCAUGGGUUACUCAAACACCUUCAACAACGAAGGUGAGUCGGUAUCAUUGACGAAGUAUCAUCACGAAUUUAGUGAAAACAGUAGCAAAUUUGUCGACGAGCAAAGAUUACCGAAAGGAUUGCACUUCCCGAGUGGUGACGUUGUGGAGCCCAACAGCAAAAAAUCGCCCUCCUCGUUCCCUGGUUGGCAAAAUAAUAGUCAACCAACGAAUAAGUUCCAGCGACGAAUACGAUAUGUCAGCAGCAGUUCUGGAAUGGCGUACAGCAAUACCGAUCAAGCAGUAGGUGCAGAUCGCAACACAGCUAGUAAUCACCCGACGUCGUUGUUGAACGAUCCCACGCUACAGUUUGACGAGCUCACACCUUCGUUUCUACCAUACGUACGCUGGUGCGGGACACACGACAACAACAUGGCUAGGUUCAACUUCAUCUCUACUGGCAACGAGGCAAUCAUUCGCUUUCAUUCCGACUUUUCGAUCAGCGGAGCGGGAUUUUCUGCCACCUGGAGCACGGUGGACAUGACCGGGUGUCCGCUGCAGACAAUCACGUCGAAGGAGGGCUCAAUAUAUAGCCCAAAUUAUCCUUAUUUCUUGCUAAACAACGUCGACUGCACAUAUGUGAUACAAGCGCCAUUUGGACGGCGCGUAUGGCUGGAGUUCCUGCUGAUGGAUCUAGCAGAAGAUGCGACGCUUCAGUUGGACAUUGACGAUGGACCAUUCGAGCCCUUCGCCGACGAGACACAUCUGAACGAUGGUGUGUUCGUUAGCAAAGGAGAACGGUUGGUUGUGAGAUUAAAAACAGGUUCAACGCCCAAGGGGAAAGGAUUUCAUGCAACCUUCAAGACUUUGGCGUAUGUCAACGAACAGCGGUAUAUAACACUCUCGAACAAAACAACCGGGAUGCUGUAUUCGCUCAACUAUCCUCAAAUAAUGCCAUAUGACGUCGAUUAUACACAACACUUAAUUGCACCUCUCGGGGAAGUAAUUCUUCUAGAACUGUACGGUGUUGGAUUUAGCCAACACGGUUGCCACCAGACUGGGUUCAUUGAGAUCUACGACAACUACACCGACAGCAACGGCACCCUUUGGCAUCUAUGCGAGCACCACUCGAACAGCAAGACCACAGGUCCUGAAGCAGAAAGCAUGAAGACGAACGCAGUCGAACAUCGCUACCCAGCGCACGUGGCAGCGAAGCUACAUUUACAAGCCACAGGAAGCCAUGGACUAGCCAAACCGGCACCCAUUUACAUCACCUCAUACCUGAACACAAUCCACAUACGGCAGCGAAACGCAAACGGUACUGGUAUACGGCUGAAUGCUACUGUACGCCUGCAGGAAGACGCCGGGUACAAGAUGAAGCUAAUCUCGAAUGCGGAUGAAUGGGUCGAGAGCUGCAAACCGAACCCGUGUCAGUACGGUGGGAAGUGCAUCAUCGCCAACCACAAGCGAGGUAUCUGCCAAUGUUAUGGCCACUUCACCGGUCGCUUCUGUGGGCUGAAUAUUUGCGAGCUGGAACCUUGCUUUUUCGGCAAAUGUGAACUGACGGCUACUAGCUUCAAGUGCAACUGUCAGCCUGGAUUCGUAGGGUUGCGGUGCGACCAGCGGCAAAAGCCGUGCGCAGAGAAUCCCUGCGAAAGCCGAGGCGAGUGUUUCGAGAAGAAUGGUGGUUUCUUCUGCCGUUGCCACGCGUGGUGGGAAGGACCCCGGUGUGAGAAGCGUAUGAUGCACAUCCCCUACAAACCACUCUCGGAGCGAAUGCUGCAGGAACCGUUUUGGUUGGGCCUGAUCACGGUGUUUGUCGUACUCGCUGUCAUCGGGCUUGUUUGGUGUGCCAAACGUCAUUUCCCGGAGAAGAUCGAAAAGCUGCUCGCCGACGACACACAGCUGAAUCGAAGUAAGCCGACAGGUGUGCUGAGCACGUUCCCGCCACACCAUCUCAACACUGCCUUGCGCGAGCAACUGCAGGCCUCCGCCGGUACCGUGUCGUCCUCGAACGUCACUACCCCUGCGUCGCAUCGGACGAUCUUUGGACGAUUGGGUAUAAGAAAACCAUCCAUAUUGAGUCUCAGCAGCCCACAGCAAGUUGGAGGGGCUACCGCUAGAACAUUUUCUUUAGAUGAUCUUUUACGGCCCCCUCCUCGACGUACACCAUCGCCUCGAAAAAAGCGAAAUAACUCGACGCCGACAAAGAAAAACGUCAACGAGAAGAAACAGAUCCUCCAGCAACUUGUCUCACCCGCCCAGAACGCCGCCACUAAACAAGUUAGCCUCGGAGAGCUGAUACAGUUGUCAGAGACGCGCCUCAAGGCUAACUACGCUGAGUCUGAGGCUGCUAUGAAGGAAACGACGUUCUCGGAGAACUCGCUCUCCGUGACGUCUAUGGUCCGGCAGAUAUCGGACCCGAAGCUGGAGAAGAAGGUUACCUUCGCUCGACUUCUCAGUAAGGUGUCAGCAGAGAUGAGCUCAGGCUCGGAAGACCUAGCGAAUGGAGUGAAACAUUCUAGUGCUCUAAGUCUUCCGAACGAGGUACCGCCACGCGCAAAUUCCGUACCACCGUCGCCGUGCACAAACGAAAUCCGAUCGCCCCACAGUACCUCGUCGAACCAGGGCAGCGAUUCACUUUCCAGCUCUGAGCUGGCACUGCACGACUUCGGUUUGCGUAGCAGCAACCGCCGGACGCGACCCAAGGUGUCAAGCGCCGACUCUAUACUGGCGAUGUUCAAGAACUUCGCUGCCUCGAGCAGCGCGCUUAACACGCUGCCGUCCUCGAUCGUCAUCUCGCCGUCGUCCACGCCGACCGCCUCCAGUCCGCAGGAUGACGUGCCAGGCGACGACGACUCGUCAACCUCCUCGAACCACACGCCCGUCAGCUACUCGAGCGGUGGUGCGUCCGACUCACCUGUCUUCUACCGCCAGAGCACGAUCGAGGUUCCGGUGUUGGACGCGCUCAGUGCGCACAAGUCCGCAGCGACAGCCACAACCAGUAGUGGUGUGUCUGCCGGGGCAGCCCAGCUGCACCCACCGACGAUCCUGCUCGAGAUACCGAGCAACGGCAUCAACAACAAGUGUCUGUCACCGAUUCGAGAGAUGCCAACGCCCAUACCAUCGCCUGCGCUGACACCGAUCAUGCCAAGACCGCAGCGCAUCCGAACGCCACAGUCGAUGCACGACGAGUCCAUGUCCGUCACGUUUAACAGUGGCUAUGACGACUACCACAAGCCACAUCAGGUGUCGAUUGAAAUACGGCCACCCGACGAGUCCGAGCGGGGUGACUACUCCUCUUCCACAACACUCUCGUCCUCGCAAAGUGAUACCACCGUCGACGGUUCUGCCCCGCACAGCGCUCCGAUGGUGUCAAUCGACAUCCAUCCACCUACACCAGAGCGUAAGAGCCCGGAACGUCCUCGCGAUCUGAUUAUUCCAGAGCUGGUGAUCCAACAACCGAGCCCUACACGAGAGCGCACGACUGUGGUCGUGUUUCCAGGCUCACCACCACCUCAACGUGCUAGCCAACCCUUCGAUGUCACCACGCUGCCCUGCAACGGUGGCAAGCAGCAGCAACAGAAGAGGUUCCUGAAACAGUGGGAAAAACCGACCUCACUCGAUCUACCAUUCGCGCCGCCAAUGAUCACGAUCACCUGCAACAGCAGUGAGGUUGUGUCUGACGCCGACGUCCCAUCACCGGCGCUUUCGAUGGGUCCGAAGGGUUCCAAGGUUAACAGUGGUGGGGGACUAGGACCUUCGGGUGGUGCGGUCGGAAUGUGCUACCUAAGCCCGUUCUCGAUGUGCAUCCGUGGAGAUCGCGCUCCGUCCGAAAGCAAUCUCAGCUCAUCCGGCUAUUCCAGCAUGGCGAGUCCGGGACCGAGCCGGUGUGGUUCCAACAAUCCGCUCUUUUCAAACGAAUCCGAUGAGCCUGGUUCUGGUCCGGCCGGCCCUGGUUACUCGGGAUUCCAUUCACUAAUGAACAACCGACGACAAUCAUCUAAUGUAAGGAAAAAAUCCACGGAUAGUAGCACCAGCACCGGUGUCGGCAAUAGCAACGCCUCCCACACCGCCAGCUUCGGCCACCAUCAGUCCUCCUUUCGGCUCCGCUCCGACUCCGAAACGUUGUCUGACGAGCCACUCCUAGAGUCGAACGACGAGGGUAUCGGGACGGAUCAUCUGGAUGAGAAGAUAGAGGAGGGCGAAAUUCGCAGCGCUAAGGAGCUGGAGCUGUACCUCGGAAAAGAGCUGAUCCAGACUGGGCAGGAUAUCAUGAGCCAAGAAAAUCUCUCCAUGUCCCAGCUGCAGUUACCAUCGAUAGUCAUACAAUCCGAUACAGGUUUCGAUAAACACUCUCCUGUUUCGUCGCGCUCGGACAGUCCGCUGAGUGAACGCAACGCCAGCAUGGAACGCUUCUCACCUAUGUUUUACGGCAAGAAGGAUCAACAUCUGCCAUUCACGGAUUCUGACGGGUUGUACGACUUUCCUUCGUCCGAUGGUAAAAGUGCUGGGUGUGCUAUUAUCACCACCCAUCGCAAGUGCGUCGGACGUAGGAAGGAUCGUCGCGUAGCUCGCUCUGUACUAGCAAUUCAAUCACCUUCCAAGUCCACCUCCGUGCUACUGGAGGUACCCAACAGCAAAGAGAACGUGUCACAAUGCUCCCAACAUAACAACUGCGGCAAAUUCACAGGAACUUCGUCGACACGCAAAAGCCCGAAACGUCGCGUCCAUCGGCAACCGUUAGCCAGUAGUUCCUCCUCCACGGAGUCACUGACGUCGAUGCGGGAGUACGCCAUCCGGUCCAGUAAAGCAGACCUAACCGGAGCGACGCACACCAUUUCCACGAAAGAUUCGGUGGAAAUGUGCGACUUUGGUGACGAUACAGGUGAGCACGAUCAAAUAUUAACAUCUCCUGUGCCCCCCAACGUUAACGUUUAUUUUACCCCCCAUUCCUUUCCAUACGAUGCGCAUGUGAAGGAGGUGUCUAGCCAGAUAUUGCCUAAAGCAACGGUAGAGGACGUUCGGAAACCCCCAUACAAGAUACGACGACUGAAAGCGAUUGGGAAUCAGAUCAGGUUCCUUCGUCGGCUAGAGCGCUCGAUCCACCGCAAAGAUAACCCGGCACAACCUUCCGACGAGGAUACCAACAGCAGCAGUAGUAUGAAGGACUCGCCCAAGAUGUCGUCUCCGCUUAUUAGAUUCAAGCAGACCCAAAUCGACGAAGAGGACGAAUCCGAGGAAGAUGAUAGUAAGAGUAAAUACUAUUCCAACGCAUCCAAUAAGCAGCAGCAGCAACUGCAGCAGCAGCAGCAACUACUGCUGCCGAACCCAGAGACGAAUGCGGUCACCACCAACACACGGCAGCAUUGUAAGAUUUCGCGUCAGAGACGUGUUCCUAGCCAUGACUGCUACGUGGCGAAACCGUGGUCCGAGGCGGAGUGCAAGCUGCUCGGGGGAGAGGUGAACAGCGACUGAAGGGACAUACAUUCAGCCCUAACACCUGCACACUGUAUCCCUGACCAGUUGGAUAGGAUGAACCUGAUCCUACACUCGUUUUGGGCACCGUUCCAGCAGUGGUUACAAAAUCACUCGGGAGUAGUAGAUAGCACUUAGAAGUCAUU